AUGGCGGCUAUGUUUUUAGCAAAGAGAGGAGCCAUAAACAUAAACAGGGUUUACAACAAGAUUGCUCCAUCUUUUACUGAUGGAGGAGUCAUUACCAUCACUACCCCUUCUUACUUCUCAUCCAACGGAAAUGACGGAAGAGAGAAGUCAAAGCAAGAGGGAAUGGGAACAACUACAGAUGGUAAGGCUCCGAAUGUGACGAUGAGUCAUGCAGCUGACACAUCCAAAGCUGAGUUGAAACGAGCAGUAGAUGUAGCAAACGAGGAGAGUGGAGACGCUAACAAGCAGAAGAGUGAAGAGAAUGAUGAAGGAGGUGAAGAGGAAGUAGCUGUGGGUGACGAUGGAACUGUUGAAGGCCAAAACCAGUCAUCAGGCUGA